AUGCCUCCUCGAGAGGAUUCGCCCUAUACUACAUUAGGAAUCGCCAGCAACUCAGAUGAGAUAACAAUAAAGAGGGCGUAUCGAAAACUAGCGUUGAAAUGGCAUCCAGACAAACAUACGGAGGCAAAGGACAAAUUGUUGGCCGAGAAGCAAUUCAAAAAAAUCGCACAAGCGUACGAGAUUCUUUCGGACGCCAAAAAACGAGAGGAAUUCGAUCGAUCCGAGAACACCUCAACAUUCCGCUCACGUCGAGGGCGGAAGGGUGACGAAUUCCGCUCACCGUUCGACAUCUUCCGCGAGUUCUUCGGUGAUCGUGAUCCAUUCCAAAAAACUAGCGAGCAAUUGACUAAUUUCUAUGAACUUCUUCUUUUUUUCCCAGUCACUUUCUCCUGGGAACUUCGUGCUCGUGGCUGA